AUGCUGCCUGCACUGGGCGGCACACAGAGGUACUUCAGGGUCCUCCUCCUCAUCCUCCUGGCCCUGACCGUGCUCUUGCUGCACAGGAACUUGCUGCACAAGGCCGGCUUCCUGCAGAGGAAUGCCAUACAGCUCACGCCCCUGCUUGAGGACCAGGCCGAGGGGCCUCCGGUCACCAACAUCAUGUUCCUCAAAACACACAAGACGGCCAGCAGCACGGUGCUCAACAUCCUGUACCGCUUUGCGGAGACGCACAACUUGUCGGUGGCGCUGCCCGCUGGCCCGCACUUCCACCUGGGCUACCCCGGGCUCUUCCAGGCGUACCACGUGGAGGGCGUCAAGCAGGGAGGGCCCGGCCCCCAGCGGCGGUUCAACGUCAUGUGCAACCACCUGAGGUUCAACCUGCCCGAGGUGCAGAAGGUCAUGCCCCGAGACACUUUCUACUUCUCCAUCCUCCGCGACCCCGCCUUCCAGCUGGAGUCCUCCUUCGCCUACUACAAGCACCACGCGCCGGCCUUCCGCGGCGCCAGCAGCCUGGACGCCUUCCUGGCGUCGCCCUGGAGCUACUACGCCAACGCCAGCCGCAGCGACGGCGACGCGUACGCGCGCAACGGCAUGUGGUUCGACCUGGGCUUCGACCCCAACGCGCAGCUGGCCGGCCUGUGCCUGCAGGACGGCGCGCCCACCCACAGCGCGCACGUGCGCGAGCCGCGCCUGCUGCCCUUCCAGUCGGGCCAGGACGACAUCCUGGGCUACAACCUGCGGCCCGGCCUGGACCCCGAGACGCUGCGCCUGUGCCGGCGCAUGGUGACGCCCGAGCUGCAGUACAUGGCCCGGCUGUACGCGCGCCAGUUCCCCGAGAAGCCCCGGAAGAGCAUCCCCUUCCUGGAGGAGUAG